UUCUCCGCUAUGCCGCUGCUGGUGGAGGGGCGGCGAGUGCGGCUGCCGCAGUCGGCCAGUGAGCUGGUUCGAGCCCACCCGUCGUUGGAGGAAAGAGCCAGACUUCUCCGAGGUCAGUCUGUUCAACAAGUGGGACCACAGGGCCUGCUGUAUGUUCAGCAAAGAGAGCUUGCAUUUGCCAGAUUGGAAGUUCAUCUCGUGGGCGGCUUCAGUGAUGAUAGGCAGCUGUCACAAAAACUUACUCAUCAACUUCUCAGUGAAUUUGACAGACAAAAAGAGGACAUUCAUUUAGUGACAUUAUGUGUGACAGAAUUAAAUGAUCGGGAAGAAAAUGAAAGCCAUUUUCCAAUCAUUUAUGGCAUUGCUGUCAACAUUAAAACUGCCGAAAUUUACAGAGCCUCCUUUAAGGACAGAGGACCAGAGGAGGAGCUGCGUGCCGCGAGAGCUCUGACAGGAGGACCAAUGAUUAGCAUUUACGAUGCAAAGACAGAACAACUUCGCAUAGGACCGUAUUCCUGGUUGCCAUUUCCACAUGUGGAUUUCUGGUUGCAGCAAGAUGAUAAGCAAAUACUAGAGAACCUCUCCACCUCACCUCUGGCUGAGCCCCCGCACUUUGUGGAACAUAUCAGAUCGACUUUGUUGUUUUUAAAAAAAUACCCAUCUCCAAUGAACGCACUGUUUCCUGAAAAGAAAGCUCUACUCUACAAAAAAAAUGGAGACGGCUUAUGGGAAAAGAGCUCUUCGCCUGCAGACCAGCAUCAGAAGCCGUCAGAGAGAGCCCUUUGAUGUGACAGACCGCUCGGGGGCUGGGAGUGUGACUUGGAAUCUAUAGAUACCCUUUGAGUCUUCGGUCUCCUUAUCAGUAUCUUUUGAAAUAAAACAUUAUUUUGGCAAAGGCA